AUGUCAGGCCUCAAGAACCAGCAACCAUGCCUUCACCUCGAGAACAACACCGAAGCCACCAAAGCAAACACCGAGAGCCCAGUAUCCUUCGGCCAAGCGGAUGAGAAACGGCUUGUCCGAAAGCUCGACAGGACCAUACUCCCCUGGAUCAUGCUCCUCUACCUUCUCUCUUACAUCGAUCGAAGUAACAUGGGAAACGCCCGCAAUAUUGGCCUCGCAGAGGAUGUUGGUCUCUCCAGUAUCCAGUAUCAGAUUGCCUCAGCUUCUUUCUACAUUGGCACGGUCAUAUUCGGCACGAUUGGUGCCUUGAUGUUGAAAGUAGUCAAACCUUCCACGUGGCUGGGUAUCUGUGCCGUGGGCUGGGGCGCUGUCAGUACUUUACAGGCUGCAUGUGUCAAUCCCGGAGGACUCAUCGCUGUGCGUUUCUUCCUCGGGGUUUUUGAGGCAUCAUUCGCCCCUGGAUGUGCCUUGUACCUCAGCUUCUGGUACCUCAAGUCUGAACUAUCUCUGCGCAUCGCGGCAUACGCCGGUAUGAGCGCCCUGAGCGGUGUCAUCUCAGGCCUAGUUGCUUACGGUAUGGGCCUUGCCAACGGCAUGGCUGUUGCUCCUUGGCAGGGCUUGUUCCUUGUCGAGGGCCUUCCGACAAUUGCUGUGGGGGUUGCUACUUUCUGGAUGCUACCUGGCCGACCAGAGUCCGGGAAGUCGUUUUGGUUCACGGACGAGGAGCAUCAAAUUAUCUUGGAUCGACGUAGCAGGUUCACCAAGAACGCAGACGAAGGCAUCAGCAAAGAUCAAGUCAAAGCAGCUUUUCUUGAUUACCGUCUUUACCUUUUCUGCGUCAUGUAUUCCGGUCUGUCCUUGUCCCUUGCCGUCGCUGCCGUGUUCCUGCCUACAAUUGUAAAGGAUUUGGGUUACCACUCUGUGCGGGCGAAUCUAAUGACAGCUCCCAUUUACGCCGUCGCCUAUGUCAUUUUACUUAUCACGGCCGCCUUGUCUGACAGGUUUCGGGUCAGAGGUAUUCCAAUUUCUAUUGGAGGGUUGAUCGCUGGGACUGGAUACAUCUGUCUCGGUCUUUUGAAAGACGACUUGUCGCGAUACAUAACAUGUUUUCUUGCUGUCACGGGAACAUAUAUGGCCUUCCCUAUCGUCCUUACUUGGAUCACAUCGACUUUUGCUGGAGACACAAAGGCAGGCGUCGGCCUCGGUAUUGUCAUUGCUGUCACUCACGCCGUGGGCGUUGCCGCGUCCAACAUCUAUCCCAAGACUGACGCACCGUACUAUCUCAUGGGCAACGCAGUAUCAAGCUCCCUUGUGUUCCUCACGGCCUUGAGCGCUGUUGGUAUGAGUGUUAUGCUUUAUAGGGAGAACCGCCAACGUGAUCGGCGUUUCGGUAGACCUGAAGCAGGCGUGCCCAUUGACAUGGGAGGCGAUGCUGAUAGAGCCCAAGAUUAUCGUUAUGAAAUUUAA